AUUUGUAGGUCUUCCAUUCACACACACGCACAGAUACAGCAGGGGCCUAGCAGACAAAGUCAGGAUGUGACAUUCACUCACAGGAAGAGAAGCCAAACAACUUUUUUUCAGCUUUUUUGGCUACGCUGCUGUGUCGCUGGCUGCUGAGUGAAGUUGGAGCCUCAAGGUCUGUUGGUGGCUGGGAAGGAGAGUGUAUCCAUAGGAUCCGGAGAGGGACAGAUCUGCCUGGAUCGUUGUCCAGAGGGAGUUAAAGUAAAGGGGGCUGACCACGGAACUCUCCUUGGCCUUCCAAAGACUCCCCACAGCAUUCCAAGCCGUCCACACUGGGACCCCAGCCAGAGACAAGUCCCUGCAUUCCCAUCCGUCCCCAAUGUAGAGGUCACUGCCCUCUGAAUAGCAAGAACUUAACCUGAACAAACGUAUGUUUGUGAAACCUGUCCAAUCCCCUCUCAGGAACACCCCCCCCCCACACACACACACACACACACACUGUCCAUUAGGCCCACACCUCACCAUAAAGUCUACCAUUAAGACAAUGGCUCUCUGUCUCGGACAAGUCUUCAGCAAAGACAAAACGUUCAGGCCUCGGAAGCGCUUCGAGCCUGGGACCCAGCGCUUUGAACUGUACAAGAAGGCCCAGGCCUCUCUGAAGUCCGGCCUGGACCUGAGGAAAGUGGUCCAGCUUCCCGAUGGAGAGAACAUCAACGACUGGAUCGCCGUGCACGUGGUGGACUUCUUCAACCGCAUCAACCUAAUCUACGGCACGGUCAGCGAGUUCUGCACCGAGCGCACCUGCCCCAUCAUGUCCGGGGGCCUGCGCUAUGAGUACCGGUGGCAGGACGGAGAUGACUACAAGAAGCCCACCAAGCUGCCCGCCUUGAAGUACAUGAACCUGCUGAUGGACUGGAUCGAGACCAACAUCAACAACGAGGACAUCUUCCCCACAAGAGUAGGUGUUCCUUUCCCUAAGAACUUCCAGCAGGUGUGUAAGAAGAUCCUGAGCCGACUUUUCCGGGUCUUUGUGCACGUCUACAUCCACCACUUUGACAGCAUCUGCAGCAUGGGCGCCGAGGCUCACAUCAAUACCUGUUACAAACACUACUACUACUUCAUCUCUGAGUUCAGCCUCAUCGAGCACUCAGAACUGGAGCCCCUGGUGAGGAAGGAGGUGUGGUGAGGGCAAUGACAGAGAAGAUCUGUAACUAAACCACUUCGACAAUGGCGUUUACAUCAUUUCAGCAUUCCCUGAGGCCUUCAAGAGACCCACAGCUUCAAUACAACCGAACACUCAAACCAAAGGACAGUUAAAUGGAUUUUGAGUGGAUUUGAAGAACUAAAGUCUUAUCCAUCCCAAGCAUUACGUUUGUUCAUAAAGUGAAAUUUUCAGCUAAUAGGCUAUAUGUUUUAUGAAAAAGGACUGUUCUGCUUCCUAUAGUGCUGUGACCUGAUGUAGCACUCCAGUCUUCUGAGCUUUAUUGUAGUAACUAUUGUUUUUUUGGUACUUUUUAGUAAUAUAGUUUUUUGUGCAUGUUCUUGACAUCAUCAACUUUGGAAAUGUUUGCAGAUUCGAGGUGUUUGAGCCAUUUUGUGACAGACGGAAGGUCACAACCAUAGAGAUAGAUAGAGGACUCAUCUUUGUAUCUGUGCAAUUAUAGUGUCUGUGACAGCAUGGGCAUUGAGGCUGUCUCCAUUUUGAAGUAGUACAUUUUCUUCUUCACGAUUGGGUGAUCCCGCCUGAUGACCCGAUUGGACAUGACUCCAACAGGGUCACCUGGAGGGAUCAACCAAUGAAGUUGGAAGUCCCGCCCAGUUGACCACAUUA